AUGUGGGGGAAAAGUAUUAGCACUGGUAGACUGGUCCAGGAGUUUAGGGGUGGCCUUAACCGUCUCACAAUGGCAAACUUCCUCAAGCUACUCAAUGAACACGUUGAGGCCUACCUACGCACUUCUUUCCAAUAUCCUCUAUCUAAAAAUCAAGUCGUUACGCAUUUCUCGCUUCCACAAGGACGAAAAAAUAGGACGAUUACGGAACUUUUUCUGUCCCCAACUUUUCCCACAUUUAUUCGUUUACUUUUUCGUAUCACUAAUUCAGGAAAGUCCCUCUAUGGACUGAUGUUCUCCGUUUUACGGAUCCAAAAGUGGGUAACGCAUUGCGAUCUCUAG